UGAAAACAAAUUUGCAGGCAUUUCGUUCGAAUUCGGGCUUCAGGAAAUCCCGAACGCCGCGUGAAUUUCUCGGAUCAUCCGAAACCCUCAGGUACAAGUCAGGAGGCACUAAGGAACCCAUUUUAUUGUCACAAGCAACGUCAUUCGGCAAAUUAAUGGAUCAAAGCAGGAAUUAUGAUCAGCUUGGAGUUGAAAACUGUCACAAGAAGAGCUUCACAAUAGGUACUGAAGAAAAACGUGGAUGCAAAUUCAGCGUCGGGAAUUACUCUUGCAGGAACCGAGGUGGCAGUGAUUUCCUGAUGAAUAUUCCCAGCAAUGGAAAUGCAGUUAUGGAAGAAGGUUGUGUGGAACCCAGCUCUCAAGCAGCUGCUGGACAGUCAUCACCAGCCUCUACCAACCUGGAAUCUAGAACAAGCUUUGAUGUACCUGAAUUGAAGAGUUCUGGCAGCAGUUGUCAUCAAAACUGUGAAGGUGUCACCUCCAAGCACGCUUCGAAACCCGUCAAGAAACGGUACAUUCACCGACUUCGGGACAAGCUCUUGAAGACGCAACCAUGCCUGUCAGGACUGAUUCGCAAGAAGCAAUCGCUGUGCAAUAUUCUCCAGAAGGCUGUGUCCAAUAGCAGUCCACAGGAAAUGACGGAAUCGGCUGCCAUUAUUUGCAGCAGUCGCGCGGAAGAAGCCAGACUCGUCUCGGACAUGGAUUCGGUGUUCUUCGCUUGUGAUUGGGUGCGCAGAGGCGGACGAAUCAGGAACAAGGAAGAAGGAGAAGAAGAUGGCGACAGUAAACAGGUUCAUUGGAAUGAACGUGUUCACAUCUGUGGUGAGGAGGAGAGCGAGACUCUCUGCAGCUGCUGCGAUAAUUAUGGAUAUUACCCUGAGAAUGAUGGUGCUGGUGAACAGUCAUCACUGCCCUCUACCAAUAAAAGCUCCAAUGUGAGAAGCAACCCUUCACAUGAAGUGUUGGAGCUGGAUGAAGCUGUCUUGAGAAGAGAGGAGGAUGAAUUUGGGGCCUCAGGUGGAGGUGGCAAUGCCCCAUGGCUCUCAGCUAAUCCAAGGACAAGCAAUGGUCAAAACCAGGACAGUGUGCCAACCCCAAGACGUAGUGGACCUGGUAGGUCAGCAUCCCUGAACUCAGUUGUGCAAAGUCCACAGCCAACUUCAACACCAGACCCAAAAGCUACUCUUGCUUCUACUUCUGAUUCCAUCCUGUGCAAAAAACCGGGUGAAACAGAUGAACAAAGGAUUGCCAGGCUACUCAAGUUUGGAUUUGCGCCAGUGAUCCCAAUGCAAAAUAAGAGUGGGCCUUCUCACAGUGAAACUCCAGCUGCUGAAGAUGAUGAGGAGCCAGAAGAAAAAGAACCCAAGCCUCCAUUGCAGUUUGGAUUUGUGAGAAUACCAGAGAAUCCAAACAAGCCCCAACAAGAGCCAAAUCAGGACUGCGAAAAUCCAUCACAUUUCUAUGGAAACAAUCAGGAAAAUGAAGAACCUGCUUCUCGUCAGUCUGUUCCGUCUGAAGGUGAUCCCUUGGGUGGAGGGGUUCAGCCAGUGUCCCCAAGUCUGUCACCUGUCUCCAAAGCAUCAAAUUAUACCGCUAUGCUCAGACCCGGAGCUGGCAACACUGAUGACAUUGAGGCACUCCGAAGUAGGAUGCGGGCUCGAUUCAUGUUGAAGGACCGCGAUUUGCCUCCGCAUGCCAGCUAGUUCAUAUCCUUGGUCAUGUUUCAAAAGCAUUCAAAAAGAGAUUCACUAUAGAGGAGCAUCAUUUUUCAAACCAGACACGAAUGGCGUUGGUAUUCCUAUAUGGCAUCUAUACAACCCUCCUUUCUCCUGUGACCAAUUUUCAUUGAUUUUUAAAAUGUUGAAUCCGAGGUUCUUUUUUUAUUAUUUGAGCUACUGCAUGAAUGAUUUGAAAUACAAUAAAUGAUCUGUUGUCAUUA